UCAGCGGAGGAAUGAAAAGGACGGUCGUAGCCGGCGUCCCUGACCCAACAGGGCUCUCUCCUUCCUCCGUCCUGCCAUCGAAUCUGAGGGCGGAGGGAAUAUGCGGGGGGAAGCCUGAGACGAGUACAUCUGGGAAGGACGCUGGAAUAUGCGGCCUAGCUCGCCCAUAUUCCUCCCGAAUCCCUUCCCAUAAAUAGUUCCCCACUCACCAGAAAUCGCCCAUUAGUCUUCCUGGUUGGUGCUGUUUUGUUCGGUGCUCUCUCUUUCUUUUCUCCCAUUUUGGUUGCCUCUUGUUCUCUUCAUCGGCAAGGGAAACGGCACACGGCAAGCACCCCAGGAACCUUCUCUCAGAAUAUGCAGCUUAUGGAUUCUGAGAGAAAACAGUCUUCUGUUAAAGCUUUCGAGGGGAUACAUGGAGUGCAGUUAGUUCCACGUUGGCCAUUCAUGAUACAGGAGAUACCUCAAGAUGUUAACUUCAGCAGUAGCUGCAAACAUGAUGAUACCACCACUGCCAAUCACAAAAUAUUGAUGCAGAGAAUAUGGCAGAUGCGACCACCUUCCUUAACACCAAUUCACUGUAGCCAUCAAGGUGAUCGUUGUGUGGCAGAAACCAUUGCUAAUGUUCUAACAUCAUUGCCUUUCAUUUUUCUUGGAUUCCAAGCCCCUAGGAGGAAUUUGACUAGUACACUUUAUGCUAAUUCAUUAAUUGGUGUUGGAGUGGCUUCAAGUUUGUACCACUCCUCAAGAGGAAAAGCUCGAAAAUAUUUGAGAUGGGCUGAUUACACGAUGAUAGCAACUGCAACUGUUUGUCUCUCAAGAGCAUUGAGGAACGAAAAUCCCAGAUUUCUUAUGGCAGCUUCUGCAUUAUGCCUUCCAUUCCAGCCUUUAAUUGUUUCAGCUGUGCACACUGGUAUGAUGGAGGUUGCAUUUGCAAGGAGAGCAUCCACGAAACCAGAGCUGCGGACGGCUCACAGUUUGCAUACGUUAUCAUCUGCUUUGGGUGGUGCACUCUUCAUAGCAGAUGACCUUUUCCCUGAAACUCCUUACCUUCAUGCGGCUUGGCAUCUUGCAGCGGCUAUUGGUGUCGGGACCUGUAAUAAGUUGCUUGAAUGAUCUUUGGAGAUCGAACGUUCAUCUGUAUUAUAUUAUAUCCCAAUUAGCAAUUCUUCUUCAUUCUUGGUUCACACCAUGUGAUCCCUAAACAUAAGCAGUCAAAAGAAAGCUGUACGAAUUUCACUAAGUUGCCUGAAUGAUCUUUGUAAAUUGAAAGUUCAUCUGUAUUAUAUUAUA